AUGUCUCCUCCGUCAGCAAUCGAGCCUCAAGCAGGCGACGAGACCAGAGCGAACACGGUGGCACCGAACGAGCCUGGUCUGAACCAGAAAGAUGGAAAGAUUGAGAUGUUAAAAUUUCCCAAGCCGCCAAAGUUUGACGACCCGUACAAGGAGCGGGCGUACCUGAAGGGCCGACUGGCAGCUGCUUUCCGCAUCUUUGGAAAGUACGGGUUUGAUGAGGGGGUGGCUGGCCAUAUCACGCUGAGGGAUCCUGUGGACCCUACGAACUUCUGGGUCAAUCCGUUCGGUGUCGCCUUCAGCCUCAUUAAAUCCUCGGACCUCAUUCUCGUCAAUGCAAAGGGCGAGGUCAUCGAUGGUGGGGAAUGUAGACUGCUGAACACGGCAGCUUAUAUGAUCCAUCACGCUGUCCAUUCUGCCCGCCCCGAUGUCGUCGCCGCAGCGCACUCUCAUUCGAUUUACGGUCGCACAUUCUGCGCACUUGGUCGCAAACUCGAUACCAUAACACAAGACUCAUGCGCGUUCCACAACGACCAUGUCAUUUACGAGUCGUUCAACGGUGUGGUGCUGGCCGAGGAAGAGGGCAAGAACAUUGCAAAGUGUCUAGGCGACAAGAAGGCUGCGUUGCUUCAGAACCACGGCCUGCUGACUGUAGGCAAGAGCGUAGAGGAGGCAGUGUUCUGGUUCAUCAGCAUGGAGAAGUGCUGUCAAUCACAGCUGAUGGCAGAUGCAGCGGCAGUUGGGCGGGGUGGCGAGACGGUGAAGAUUACAGAGGAGGACGCGGUUUACACACACAAGACGAUUGGGAGCUCGCUGGCUGGGUGGUUCAGUGCGAAACCGCUGUUCGACGUUAUACACAAGGAGACGCAGGGAGAUUAUUUGGAACACGGCGCCCGACUCGACGCUGCCGACAAGUCAUGGCAUCUUUCCUCGCCCACGCCGUAUGAUCCGCCCCUCACGUACGGCGGCUGGUCCCAGGCAAAGGCCCUCGGCCAGCGCAUAGCCGCCCUCCUGCACGAGCGAGACAUCCAGCAGGCAGAAGACGCGAAGAACGCGGCCACCAACGACCCCGCCCAUCUCGACUUUAGCAAGCUGAGCAUCUCCAAGGACGGCAAGGCGCAAGGGCGGCCCAAGAAGAAGCGCAAGAUCAUCAUACACUCGAGUCCCUUCCUGCGAUGCGUCCAGACCAGCACGGCGGUUGCAGCCGGCAUCUCCCAAUACCACUCGCCUACCACGCCCCAGCUCAAUGUGCCGACACCCCCCUCCAAAGACGCCAAUGGCUCGCUGGGAGUCCCUUCGCCCAAAGCGCCGCGCACCAAAUCCACCUCGUCGCAGCCCCGAACCUUCGAGCCCCUCGCCGACCCCAAUCUCGAGAUACUGCCGCGGCCUCACACAGGCCCUGAGAGGGUGCUCCUGCGCAUCGACGCGUUCCUGGGCGAAUGGCUGUCUCCCGAAUACUACGCCGACAUCACGGCCCCGCCAAACUCGACUAUGAUGGUAGCGGGCGCCAAAGCUGAUCUGUUACGGAGGGGCGACUACAUACAGGAACAGCCGAAUCCGAACAGCAGCAAGGGCCACUUCCCAGGAGGUUGGAUGGGGAACAAGUCGGGCACUAGCACACCGAAUGGUGGUCGAGGAGCUGGCACUGCUGUGAGCAGUCUGGCUCAGUUUGCGCCGCUUCGAGAGCGCUCCAGCAGUUACGCUGGCCCACUGGGCCUGGAACGAACACCAUCGAAAGAAGCAACUGCACCACUGGCGAUGCCAACUCAGACACCCAAGCCGACCGCGAUACCCAACCGCGUCUACGAACCGCCGCACCCCUCCUACUCCGUCUCGCCCGCCGACCCGAUACCACGAGGCUACGUCGCGCACGCCCAAGAAGCCUGCGUCAAAGUAGACUUCCAAUGGGACAGCAUGCGUGCGCCACAGAACUGGGGCGAUGGCGGCGAGUACGGCGACGAAUGGAGCACAAUGCACAAGCGCUUCAGGAGAGGUCUUGCGGGCAUGAUGGAGUGGUACAGGGUCCACGGCACAGCGCCUCCAAAGGACCAGUUUCCUGGCUUCAUGUUUAAGGAACCGCUGCGCCUAACGCCACCGCCUAUGUCGCACACCAAGUCCGACCCCUUCCCCAACUUCAGCGAUGAUCCUACCGCGGAUGAGGAGGAAGAGCUGGUUCUGAUCCUGAUUACUCAUGGAGCAGGAUGCAAUGCGCUGCUCGGCGCCAUGACGAACCAGCCUGUCUUGAUGGAUAUAGGUCUGGCGUCGCUGUCCAUGGCAGUCCGGAGAGAUGAACCUAGGCAGACAUCCGCACCAGCCACAAUACACACACGAAGACUUUCCGUAGCAGACCCCGGUAUGUCAGAUACCUACGACAUCAAACUCUCAGCUUCAGUCGACCAUUUGCGGCCUGGAGUGGACCCUUCAAAACCGCCAUCAGCGCAGACACAAACAUCAUCCCCAGCCAUCACAGCAAGUCCCUCAUUGGAGUAUCGACGAAGGUUCACAGGAUCAUCGACGACUAGCAGUCCGCUUGAUUCACCCUUCUCGCUCGGCGAGCCGUACAGGAACUGGAACAGCUCACUGGGAGGCGUGCGACGGACCAUGAGUUCAGGAUCCAACUCGAGGUUUGCGCAGAGUGCGACAAGCGGCGCUGCAUCUCCAUCAGGCGGAUUGUGGUCAGGCGCAAGCACACCCGCCACAGAAGCCGACAUGGUUCUCAACUUCUCAAACCAGCAGCCACAGCCGCCAAAGUCGACUUCCGCUGCCGCAGCUGCCUCCAAAUCCAAGAGUAACUCUAUCGCACACUUGGACGGCGCGUCUGAUGUGAGCAAUCGCUUGACAAAGCUCGAUUCGAAAGAAGAGCGAGAAGUCAACGAUAAACCGACUCCUCUAGUUAGUGCCCAGACGCGCAAACAGAGCGCUCCGAGUACUUCUGCUGGCGGUCUCUGGGGCGCCAAGGUAGCCCCAAAGGCCAACAACGGACUCUGGGGGCCGCCAAAGUUGGACGACGUUUACGAGCAUAGUCAUGGGCCUAAGCGGCGAUGGACGGUUACGGAGAGGGAUGAGUAG